AUGAAAUCAUUAUGUACACAGGUCAUUUUUGUCGCCCUCGUCGUCGUGGCUGUUGCCGUUGCCGCUCCCACUGAACCUACUAAAAUUGUUCGUUCUGAGUUUGACCAGUCACCUGAGGGUGGGUACAACCUAUACUUCGAGACUGAUGACGGCACCAUCCGACAAGAAAAAGGUCUAGUGAAGCAAGUCCUGGAUGAGGACAAGAAAUCCCGCGAUGUAAUUGUUGUCAGCGGUAGCUACAGCUACAUCAACGACCAAGGCAAACAAGAACUCAUCAACUACCAGGCUGAUGAAGAGGGUUUCAAGGCUCAAGGAGACUCUAUCCCCAAGGCUCCUGUAGUCAGACGAUAA